AUAAACUAAACCAAACCCUGUCGUCAAAACCCUCCCAGCUCAAACCCCACUUCCAAGUCCCAAUUCCACACUGGGCGCUAUUCGUAUUGGAUUCUGAUUCUUGUGUGCGUGCGACUGACCCGACCUGACCUGCUCAAGCUUUCAUCCACUCUUCCCCGGCAUUUGCAUUCGCAGUUCUUCUUUCACCUUUAUUUUAUUUUUUUUAAAACCUAACGAGUCAACAAAUAUUGCCCAUCAUGUCGUCCGAGACCAAGGAAAUCGACUAUUCUCUGGCCAACCCAGAUACCCUCACCAAGUACAAGACCGCCGCUCAGAUCUCCGAGAAGGUCCUUGCUGAGGUCUCCAAGCUUGUCGUCCCUGGCGCCAAGAUCGUCGAAAUCUGCCAGCAGGGUGACAAGUUGAUCGAAGAAGAGGUUGCCAAGGUUUACCGAGGAAAGAAGAUUAACAAGGGUUUCUCCCACCCCACUACCGUCUCCCCCUCGUCCUACGUCACUCCCUACACUCCCCUCACCUCCGACGAGGCUGAAGCCAAUACCGAGAUCAAGGAUGGCGAGGCCAUCAAGAUCCAGCUAGGCGCUCAGAUCGACGGCUUCGGUUCCAUUGUCUGUGACACCGUGAUUGCUACCCCAGAGGACAAGGCCGGCGAGAAGAUCACCGGCCGCACCGCUGACCUGGUUCUCGCCAACUACUAUGUCAACGAGCUUCUCCUGCGACUGAUGAUCCCCCCUGGUCUCCUCACCCAGGGUAGCGAGGAGGAGAAGGCCAAGGCUGCCUCUCAGAAGGCCCCUACCCAGGCCAAGAUUACCAGCCUCCUGGAAAGGGUCACCAAGGCCUAUGAAGUUAACCUCGUCGAGAGCACCACCUCUUGGUUGUUCGACCACAACGAGAUCGAGGGUAGCAAGAAGAUUGUUCUUGCCCCUGCCGAGGGUACCAAGGGCGAGGGCGUUCCUGAGAUUGGUGAGGUAUGGGGUGUCGAGACCGGUGUCAGUCUGGGAUCGGGCAAGGUGAAGGGUCUUGAUCAGCGUGCUACCCUCCACCGCCGCACCAACCAGACCUACGGUCUCAAGCGACCCACCUCGCGAAAGAUCCUCAACGAGGUCCAGAAGAAGUUUGGCAUCUUUCCCUUCAGCUUGCGUCAGCUUGAGGACGAGCGUGAUGCCAAGUCUGGUGUCGUCGAGUGUGUCCGAGGCAACGUCUUCCGCCAAUACGAGCUCGUUGGUGACAAGGACAACUCCCCCGUUGCUCGAUAUCUCACAACCCUUGCCAUUACCAAGAACGGCAUCACCAAGCUUGGUGGGCCCCCUCCUCUGGACCUCGAGAAGUAUGAGUCCGACAAGAAGAUUGAGGAUGAGGAGGUCCUCAAGAUCCUGGAGCAGCCCCUGGCCAGAAACACCGGCAAGAAGAAGAGCAAACCUAAGAAGAAGACCGCUAAGAAGGAGGACGAUGAAGAGUAGAGAAAACGACAAGAGAAGACGGACAAGCUGGAGAGUUGCUGAACAAUUGAUGAAAGAAUCCGAGGAUGGGCAAACAAGAAGCAAGUCAAACAGGACGCAAACCCAACAUUUAGGCUCACCAGCUUAUCUACCGUUGGACGAGCUAUGCGGAGGAAAACACUUCCAUCAAACGGAGCGGGCAGCUGGAUGGUCAAUAUGAAUGAUUGGAAUCUCGAAAAGUGAAACCCACCGUGUUGGUCAGGUGGUCUGGCAUGACCAGAGAGA